GGUUUAAAUCCAGGAAUUUAAAGUUUAUUGAAAAGGGGUGUGAGAGCGUGGCAGAGGGCAGACCAGGGAAUAAGAGCCAGCGAGUGGAUUUCCAGGCAGGCAGUGAUCAGGGAGACAAGAAUAAUCAGUGCUCUGUCAACCUCCGACCAUGCUGUGUGGCAAGGCCAGCUGGAUUGCUGGGCUGCUCUAUGCUUGUAUUGUGAUGUUAGGACCAAUGGGACAACCUGUGGACAACAGCGAGGACAUGUCAAGUGUCACUCCUCAGAUGGAAGCGGGAUCAAGUGAGGAGUUAACACCAGAGAAGAAUUCAAUAUUCGCUCCCAAGCAAUAUGUGCGUCAAAUCCAGUCGUUAUCUGCCAGGGAGCAGGAGUUUGUCCUGAAGAGGAAACAAGUAGCUCUGAAGUCACUCAACAGGCAGGGGAUCAGUUGUACACUGGAAUCCGUUCCUCACAUCGCACUCAUCGGGUCAGGUGGGGGACAGAGGGCGGCUGUGGGUCUAAUGGGUUCUCUCUAUCAGUUGGAAAAGGAAGGUCUGCUAGACAUUCUGCUCUACCUGGGAGGAGUUUCUGGCUCUACCUGGUCCAUGUCCUUGCUGUACAGCGACCCACAGUGGAGCACCAACAUGGACAGGGCAGUGUCCAGGCUGUCAGGUACUGAGGUUGAUCUGGUGGAGGCUCUGGCCUGGUUGGACGAGAGGGCAAAGAAGGAGGACUUCUCUCUCUCUGAUAUCUGGGGGCUCAUGACCUCUGUUGGGAUCAUGAAACAGUUUGACCCUCGACGUCUUUCUGAGGAUGGCAUAAACGCCUGGAAUCCUUACCCCAUCUUCAACACAGUCAACAAAAACUGCCUGUACGACGGCCCUGAAAAAUCUAAAUGGUUUGAGAUGACUCCUCAUGAGGCUGGCUUCACAGAUCUGGGUCUCUUCAUCAACACUUCUCUACUGGGCAGCAGAAUCCAUGAAGCAGAUGCUGAAGGUGGAGGGUCAACGAUGGACAUGGUCAGGCUGCAAGGUAUCGAGGGCAGUGCUUUUGCAGAUGAAUACGGUCUGCUAAACUACGUGACUGGCUUGCUGAAAGAACCACAGGAGGUCAGACGUUUCUGGUAUGUCUUGGAAUAUUACAUGCGUGAGUACCGCAGCCUUUUGAAGCUAACAGAGCUGAUCAGACGAAACACAGAGGAUCCUGCUGUUUUAUCUGGGCUGGACAACCUGCAGAAAACACUUAAAGAAAAACUCAACUUAAACCCUAUUGCAUUACUUGGAAAGAAGAGCCCAGAACAACAAAAGCAGAUCAUUACGCAGUGGUUUCAGAAAAAGUUGGCACCCUUAAAGACUUUAGAACAGAGUCUGGAUGAAGGACCAAUCAAAGACAAUGUUCCUUUGAUGAUCCAGAAAGUCUUCGCUCUGAUUGUGAAAUGGGAAUGGGGAACAACCAAAAACCUCUUCUACCAAUACCCAGAUGCUGCGGUGCCAUCUUGCAUCACACUUAAGGAGAACCUGCAGCUGAUCGAUGCUGUUGUGAUGCUCAACGUCCCCUACCCUCCCUUCCUGGGAGACAAGAGAGACGUAGACCUCGUUAUUGCUCCGGACUACGGGAGUGAUGACACAUUCAAGAGUCUGACUCUUGCCAGAGACUACGCAGCCACGGUGAAGAAGCCUUUCCCAGAGAUAGACGACAAAAUCCUGGAGGAGAGAGACUGGCCAAAGGACUGCUACGUUUUUGAGGGAAAAGAGAAAGAGCCCUCAAUCAUUUACAUGCCGCUGUUCAACAGAAAAAACUGCAAAGAUGCGGAGGAGUUCAAAGCAAAGACGGAGGAGUUCUCCACCUUCCACCCUCCGUUCAGCCCAGAGAAGAUUCAGUCCCUGUUGGAGAUAGCGAAAGCCAACAUAAAGAACAACAAGGAAACUCUGCUGAGGGAGAUUAACAAGGCUGUCCUCCGCCGACGCAGCAAGAGUACAUUUCCUAUGAAGAAAGGCACCAUCAUUUCAAAGACAGCCUAUUGACUGGGCAAACAGCUGCCACAGAUGAUCAAGGUAGCCCUGCAUGGACACGGUUGUCAUUCAUCGGCCAGCGAGUUGACAGCAUCACCAACCCACCGACAGCGAUGAAUGUGAACCGGAAA